UCAGCAGCAGCUUGUCCACAGCAGAGUGGAAGCUUAUUGGUGCGCCCAAACAUGAAGCGACUCAGUUUGGUUCUCCUUUUUCUUCUCCUGAUGUUUACGGUCGGGGAGGGUAUUGACCACGAACUGCGAUACUGGACAUGCGGGCAUAGAGGACUCUGCAGACGGUUCUGCUAUGCUCAGGAGUACAUUGUUCAUCAUCAUGGGUGCCCUAGAAGAUACAGGUGCUGUGCCAUUCGCUUCUAACACAGUCUUCAGCAGGAGGCUGCAACACAAUCACAGUAACCCUCGACAUUAGAUGCAGUCUUAUUUGAAAAUGUGCCCUUUGGUUGUGACUUUCCAAUCCUUAACCAGCCCCCCUUUGAAUUGAAACUGCUUUCUUGGCUUGGAAAUUGUGUGAUUUAUUCUGCCGACCAUAUUAUUAAAAGAAAAAUGAAAAUCAAAUUCUCUCUGAAAUGAAGUGUUACUAAUAAAGGUGUGCAUAUAAACAUGCAA